UAUGAACGAUCACAUAAGUCAAUUGUGCCAAUUUGCUAUGAAGAACAUUGUAAACAUAUUUUUGAUUUCACUGUUCUUUUUUGGGAUUUCAAGUAUGGAUUGAUAGAAACUUCUAAAAUAGUAUGCCAACUUCAAGAUGAGGAUAAUAACAAUUUGUUUGAAUUAUCCAAACUUUUCAGUAGUCUUUCAGAAUUCUCGGUCACUCCAAAUAAAGAAAAAUACAAACUCGGUAUUAAAAAUACAAACGAAGAUAGUGAUCCUGACA